AUGGCCAGCCAACUUCUCCCUCUUGAACUUAUUGACAAGUGUGUCGGUUCUAAAAUCUGGGUCGUCAUGAAAGGUGACAAAGAAUUCACCGGCACACUCACUGGUUUCGAUGACUAUGUCAACAUGGUUUUAGAAGAUGUUAUCGAAUUUGACCACCAAUCUGGAAGCCAAACAAAGCUUCCUAAGAUUUUACUGAACGGUAAUGGUAUUGCUAUGCUGGUACCAGGGGGAGAAGGACCAAUUGGAGGAUCAUGA